AUGAAGAAUUUCCUGGUCAUCACCUUCUUGGGGGCUGUUGGAGUUGCUCUGGAACAAAAUACUAAUAAAACUCGGAAAUUACCAAGUGACUUUAACAUUCCUUACAUGGUCUAUCUUGAAUCGACCCCAGAGCCCUGUGUGGGGUCUCUCAUUCACUCCGAGUGGGUCCUGACCGCAGCUCACUGCCCCUUACCUUCCAAAAUUAGACUGGGAGUAUAUCAACCCAACAUCAAAAAUACGAAAGAGCAGCUGCUGAAUUACUCAUUGAUCAUACCCCACCCGAAAUUUGAUGCUCAAUACCUGAAAAAUAACCUCAUGCUGAUAAAACUCUCCAAGGCGGCUGUGGUAAACUCCUACGUGGGAACUAUAGCCAUAGCUCUGGAACCCAUAGCACUUAAUGACACCUGCUUUAUACCAACCUGGACCUGGAACGAAUAUAAAAACUUCAGUGAACCUGAUAUCCUGACAUGGACAAACCAAUAUUCUCUUCCACGUGAAGACUGUUGGAACAUAGUCGAAGAAGAACAAGGACAAGCAGUGAAUAUCAUGUGCACAGCAGGACAGCCUCUAAACGUCAUGUCUACAAUUAAGGAAGUCACAGCCGCCCCGGCCAUCUGUUUGGGAAGAUUGCAUGGAAUUUUGUCCUGGGCCAAACCUGGUGUCACUCUGGGAAAUCGAGCGUUCUUCACAGAAGUUCAUCCUUAUGCAAGAUGGAUCCUGAACAUUAUGGAAACCUACUGA